GGGAUGAAGGGACUGUUGUGUUCAAGCCACUGUCGGAGUACAUCGCGCCGCCACAGAGCAUAUGCAACUAGCGAUUUGGGGCGGUCUUAGAUAAUGAAUGAUAAAAAAAGAAACAGUGGACAAAACAGGCCUAUUGCACUGACUGAAUUCGGACACUGUGGACUAUUUGGAAUGAAACGGUAGUCUAGAAAUGAACACAAACACGCUUUCUAUGUUGGGACUGUGAUGACAAGCCAAACGAGAGUGGAAUUUUAAUUAUCGCAUUCUUUUUAAUGCGGAAUUUGUGCGUCUGGGUGCAACUUUCCUAGCGGUGCAUAUUGACUCGACGAUCCGUCAGCGCUGUGUUUUUGUGUGAGGCAGUUGUCGGGAAAGAACAGCAGUUCGACACUUAUAGAAUAACCUGAAUUGCAACCGUUGCAUACCACACCAUCAUUGUGUUUUACAACCUAUUUAAAAAUAUAUAAUUCUGUUGAAACUUUUGAAUUAAUUGUCCCCGUUUUUCUUACCACCGUGCGCAGUCCUUUUUGACCACGGCGGGGACUCUGGGGACUCACUGUCUGAUAUCGUUGUAAGGAAGUUAGAAGAACUCUCUCGUAAUGUCGUUUUGUCAGAAUCUCCAGCAUAGCAGAGGCGUAGGGGAAAUAGGGCCUGUUUGAAUGCGUCUCCCAAACUUGCAAGACUGAUCGAUUAAUGCAUAUGCCUGUAAGCGAAGGGUUUAUUCGAGCUGCGUGCCAAAUUAGACGCGAGCUCCGUCGUCUUAUGGUCCACGCUGAAACGGAGCUGUCCACUCAGGGAAGCCUACGGGUUCGACUGCUCCCGUCUGUCUGCGCGCUGUCGGAGCUGUUCAGUCGCAGAGGGUCCUGACGCCACCUUAGCCAAGAUCAACAUUUCACCCACUUACAGACUAAAAUAUCCAAUCUUUCUGUACAGCAAUCUUUUGAGGCUGCGAAGCGGGGUAGUCUCUAUCAUCUCAAAAGACAGUGCCAUGCCCUCACUGACAAACAGCUGCUGCCCACACAGAGGUCGCUCAGCCUCCUGAACGCCCCCUCUCUGGCCCCAGAGGAUGCUGGGAAUGUGUCGUGGGCGCAGGAAGUUCCUGGCUGCCUCCCUCGCCCUGCUCUUUGUCCCAGCCCUCACCUGGCUCUACCUGUCUGCUGCCAACUUCACAGUGAAGCCGCUGCCUCUUACUCCACUGGAGCCUCAGUCAUCCACGCUAAUAGGUGGCACUGGUGAGCGCCAGGCUCUGGAGCUACGGGUUCGAGAGGUGGAAGAAGAGAACCGAGCCCUUAGGAGAGAGUUGAGCCAUCCACCUAGAAACCCCACCCACAGCAACGUCCACAGCAAUGGUCGCCAUGGCAACCAAUCACAUGCCCAUAUUGGCAGAGAAGGGUCAAAGCAUGCAGAAGUGCAGCGAGGCAUUGCCACAGGCAAUACCUCUGACUGUGUGUCUCAACCAGUUGUGGACAAGUGUGAGACAAUUCAUAUGGCCAUAGUCUGUGCAGGGUACAAUGCCAGCCGAGAUGUUGUGACGUUGGUGAAAUCUGUCUUGUUCCACAGGCGGAACCCUCUCCACUUCCACUUCAUCACGGACUCCAUCGCCCAGCAGAUCCUGGCCUCCCUCUUCCACACCUGGAUGGUGCCGGCUGUCCAGGUGGACUUCUACGAUGCUGACGAACUGAAAUCUGAGGUUUCAUGGAUCCCCAACAAGCAUUACUCUGGUAUCUAUGGCCUGAUGAAGCUUGUUCUGACCAAGACGCUGCCCUCUGACCUGCAGAAAGUCAUCGUUCUGGACACAGACAUCACCUUUGCCACAGGACAUUGCUGAGCUCUGGGCUUGUCUUUUCACAAGUUCAAAGGUCAGCAGGUGCUGGGGCUGGUGGAGAACCAGAGUGACUGGUAUUUGGGAAACCUGUGGAAGAACCAUCGGCCGUGGCCUGCUCUCGGCAGAGGCUUCAACACUGGUGUGAUUCUUCUGCUGCUGGAUCGUUUAAGGAAACUCAGAUGGGAGCAGAUGUGGAGACUGACAGCAGAGAGAGAGCUGAUGAGCAUGCUGUCCACAUCACUAGCAGAUCAGGAUAUCUUCAAUGCUGUGAUCAAACAGAACCCCUUCCUGGUACACCAAUUGCCUUGCUUCUGGAACGUUCAGCUGUCCGAUCACACCCGGUCCGAGAAGUGUUACAAAGAUGUUUCUGACCUCAAGGUGAUCCACUGGAACUCUCCUAAGAAACUGCGGGUGAAGAACAAGCACGUGGAGUUCUUCAGGAACCUUUACCUGACCUUCCUGGAGUAUGAUGGCAACCUGUUGAGGAGGGAGCUUUUUGGCUGCCCCAGUGAGACCGACCACAACAGUGAGAAUCUCCAGAAGACUCUGCUGGAGCUUGAUGAGGAUGACCCAUGUUAUGAGUUCCGGCGAGAACGAUUCACUGUGCACCGCACACACCUCUACUUCCUGCAUUAUGAGUACCAGCCCAGUACAGACCAGACUGAUGUUACCCUGGUGGCCCAGCUCUCAAUGGACAGGCUGCAAAUGCUAGAGGCCAUCUGUAAACACUGGGAGGGCCCCAUCAGUCUGGCUCUCUACCUGUCCGACGCUGAGGCCCAGCAAUUCCUGCGCUAUGCUCAGGGCUCUGAGGUUCUCAUGAGCAGAAGUAAUGUGGGAUACCACAUUGUCUACAAGGAGGGCCAGUUUUACCCUGUCAACCUGCUGCGCAACGUCGCCAUGAGGCAGGUCAGCACACCCUAUAUGUUCCUGUCAGACAUCGACUUCCUGCCUAUGUAUGGACUCUACGAGUACCUCAGGAAGUCAGUAGUUCAGCUGGACAUGACUAACACCAAGAAGGCUCUGGUGGUGCCUGCGUUUGAGACACUGCGUUACCGGCUGUCCUACCCCAAAUCCAAGGCUGAACUUCUGUCCCAGCUGGACAUGGGCACCCUCUUCACCUUCAGGUACCACGUAUGGACAAAAGGCCAUGCUCCGACUAACUUUGCUAAAUGGCGAACAGCCACGACUCCAUACAGAGUGCAGUGGGAGGCAGACUUUGAGCCAUACGUAAUGGUACGGAGGGACAGUCCUGAGUACGACCGCAGGUUUGUGGGAUUCGGAUGGAACAAAGUGGCCCACAUUAUGGAGCUGGAUGCACAGGAAUAUGAAUUUGUGGUUCUACCCAAUGCCUUUAUGAUCCACAUGCCUCAUGCACCCAGCUUCGACAUCACCAAGUUCCGCUCAAAUGAACAGUACCGUGUUUGCCUCAAGACUCUCAAAGAGGAGUUUCAACAGAACAUGUCCCGUCGCUAUGGUUUUGCCGCCCUCAAAUACAUGACCGUGGAGAAUAAUAGCUAGCAGAAUUGCCCCCGCCAAACAUCUGCAGACAAGAUGGACAGCACUGCUUCUGAGUUGCGUAAAGUUGUGUUCACCAGAAAGAGACACUUAUGAUGGUGGACUCAGCAAAGCUUUUAAACCUAGAGCGGCUGGUACGCUCCUGAUAAAAGGGACAAGUCAUUUUACGCACGUAACUCUCUGCAGACCCCCAAACAGAUGAAUCACCUGCUAACAGGCAAUGCUUAAUCCAGUACCCUACUUCAGAUUGGAAAUUUCAGCUUUCAAAAUGUAUACGUUUCCUUACAUAAAAUGUACUUUUUAAUUUUUUUCUCAGCACGAAUUUCAAAAAACUCUGGUAUGGUUUUAUUACUUUUAGAAAGUCAUCUUUUAGCUUGUUUGUUUUCAAUAAAACAGCUCUUAAUUUCAGAAUUAAUCAGUUGCCUUGAGCAAUCUAAAAAUAAGUAUUACUUAUUGGAGAAGAAAUAAUUACACUCAUUGUUAGUUCUAAAAUUAAUGGAAACAGAUCAAAAGGCAACAAAAAUUAGCUUAUCUUCCAAAAUUAUCUUCCAAUCUUUCCACUUAAGAUAAAAAUGUAAAAGACAUGAGGUUAAUCAUGCAGUUAUAGAAUCAGUACAACAUCUCAGCACAAAAUGCAUUUAAAAACAACAAAGCUUUGAAAAUAGUUAGCAUUAACUUGAUCUUGAAUUGGACAAAGGUGGAGAAAUUAUUCAGAUGUAGAUACAACCAUAGUUAUGGCAAACUUAGCAUCACUGUCCACAAAACAAAGAGCCAGUGAUUAAUAAAAAAAUAAAUAAAGGUGUUCGUACAUAGAAUGGAUAGGAGAGCUGACAGUGUCUUUUGACGGUGCAGAUUAUUCAAUACAUUAGAAAUUGUUUUCUUCUUAAAAUAUGCUGUACUUUGCUGUUGUAUACUAUGACGAAAAUAACAUUAUGGCGCUACUAAAGGGCUGCAAGCGGUUCCUCUGAGCCAUUACAAAUUCCCCAAAAACCAUGGUAAAAUCAGUGUUUAUUUUGGUAAUAAAAACGUUGUCCAUAA